CAGCCGAUUUAACGUUAGCAUGACGUCGCCUCGAAAGCUGCACCCAAGUAUCGUCUCCACGACAUAAAUGCACUUAAUGCUUAAAAAACUCAAAUAACCUACAUUGUAUUGGACCAUGUCUCCUCUUGGUCAUUCCGCUUAUUGCUACUUAAACCGCUUAACACUAAAUGUAGGUCAAACCAAGCGUGAGCUGUGUUUGAAGGUGGGGGAAACACCAUGGCACGUCUGGUAGCAGUAUGCAAGGAUAAUGAAGAGGACUACCCGUUUCUUGCCAGACAGUUUCCUCUGUAUAUUGAUGACUCCUUGACGAUGGUGAUGGAAUUUUAUGAUGAUUUCAUGGAUGUAGACAAACAACCAAUUAGUAGUUCCCAUUGGAAACAAUUCACAGAGGGUCACUCCAAGUUGAAGCAACAGGACUUGACUGCGGCCUUGUCAGUGGUGUCCAGAGAGGUGUGCAAAGCGUUAUCUCAGUUGGUGCCGUGUGUCGGCUGCAGACGUAGUGUGGAGCGGCUGUUCUUCCAUUUAGUGGAAUCGGGGACCCAACCCUUUGAGCCGCUCACAUUGAACCCUACGGGUAUGCUGUCUGUCACCAAGGCUUGUUUAUCAGAUGUAAAGAAGUUGUACAGCCUCCUCUACAUCCAAGGGUCAAAGUUGAAUGAUGUAAUUGAUGCCAUUCCAAAAAGUAAAAAGAGCAGCCGAUGCCAGUUACACUCCUUGGACACAAAUAAGAUCAGACCUGCGCGGGGAAGUUGGAUGGAUGUUUGGGAGCGGAUGUCUCAGGAGUGCAGGGCUGAAGUGUUACUCGUCGAUUGUGCCUGUCUUUUAGAGACGCUGGAUACACACUUGCAAAAACACGGGUUGUGCACUGACUGUAAGACUAAAGUCAUGCGGGCAUACGAUAUCCUGAUCGGGGAAGUUGAUAGCAGUGAGGAGAAGGACUAUUGCGCUGCUUUGUAUGAGGGAUUGUGUUGCUGCCCUUGUGAGCACCACAUUCAGGUGUGCUACGAGACGGACUUUAUUGCUCGUCUCUUAAGCCGGGCAGAACCUGAAUUUGCAGGAGCCUAUGAAAGGCGACAUGCCAAGACCAUUGAUACUGCACAGGAAGAAGUCUUGACAUGUUUAGGCAUUCACCUAUCUGAGCGUCUGCAUAAAAUUUGGCAGAAACUACGAGCGGAGGAGCAGACGUGGCAAAUAUUGUUCCACGUGGGCAUUGAUGAGUUACGGAAAAGCUUUGAGACGGCAGUGGAGAAGAUGCAAGGGAUCAGUAGGCUUGAGCAGUUUGUCGAGGAGCUGUCGGAGAAGGAGAGAGCAAAACAGCUUAAGCAGGAGAAAAAGAGGCAAAAGCGAAAAAAUCGCCGCAGAAACAGGUGUGGCUUGGACAUCUUGGAUCAGGAAGCAGAGAUCAAGGAAAAGGAUCUUGAUGAGGGGUCUCUCGAGUCCGAGGACGGUACUUGUCCUGCCUGCGAUGAGGGGAAGAAAAUUCCUUCUAAUGCAUGCAAAUCCUUUAGUUGUUCAGACAAACAGGGUCAACAUCCACACAAGACAACCGCCAAUCACCCGAAACUCACAUUAACAAGUAAGGGAGGGAAACAAGUGUGUAUUCUACAUCCUUUUUCAAUUUCUGCUGGGAGUGAUUGCGGUUACUCCUCAAGCAUUGAGGGCAGUCAGGGCGGGUCACGAGAAGGUUCUGAUGUCGCCUGCUCCGAGGGACUCUGCAACCAUGAGGAAGCAGGUGAGUCCAAUGAACACAACUAUGCUGAUGACAAAAAGGAGGAGGAGGCAACAGACAGCUGUGUUGAUUGUUGGCCACACUCUGAGGAUAAGCCUCAAUGCAAGGGUAAAAAGAAGAAAAGGAAAGGAAGUGGUUUACGUCAUAAACGGGGACACACACAUGAAAGACACACUGUGCCACCAUCCAACGUUAGCCGAACCAAAGAUCUAAAUUCCUCCUCAUGUGCUGAGAAGAUGGCCAGUUUUGCACAACAGCUACCAUGGGCAGUAUGUGGAAAGAACCUUAGCCUUAAUUCCAGACCAUUAGAGGCCAACAAAAGUCUAGCGGACCUCUUGGAUGAUUCAGAUGUAACUUCGGAUGAGGAGCAUUGUCUCACACAGGAUGAAAUUCAGGCAUUUUUAGAAAGAAAUGGUUUGUUCUACCGCAACCGUCACAAGUAUCGACAGCUACUGAAAGAGAAAUUUACUAACUAUUGUUGCGCAAGUGACCGGAAGACUGUCUGUUGUCACCACCGGUGUGAAUUAAGUGCACAAAUGAUACUUCAAGAAAAAUCAUUGUGACUACUGCAAAUGCAGGUUGAAUUCAGAAUUACAAACUUUUUGGUUGAUUCUUUGUUGAUUUUUUUUAAUGGCUGUGAUUGGUGUCUGAUCUGAUCUCAAGUUUGCGCUUACAUGAUCUGACUCUGAUUUCUGACCUCAUACCCUUGAUUCUCAUUGACCAAGCCAUCUGACUUGGUGGUGGUUGUACAAGGGUUUUGGAUAAGAGCACAGCGGAAACUGAAAUCUAUCAUUGUGAGCCAUGACAUGCACAGUGUUACAGGAGGGCUUUGGCUCGAUGUUUUCUUAGGUGACACUUAAGUAUGGUGGUAAAUGUUGCACUGUCCAAAAUAAAUAAAGAGAUUAUACAGUGAAUUAAACAUUCGUUUAAAAUAAGAAAAUGGGUUGUGACAAAACGCGGAGUGAAAAUUUAAUAAGGUAUUUAUGGUAUUAAUCCCCAUUCAUUUUGUCUUGUCAAUGUAUUUUUUUAACAUUGGCACUGUUAAAUUGUAUGGUCUUUAACGAUGUAACUUAGAAAUGUUAUUCAAUCAAUUGGGGGAAAUGUGUGGUGCUGUUGAAAAUGCAAAUUGUUUCUGUUGAAUAAAACUCACAAAUUGUAUCAAU